GGUAGACGUCGAUUGACAGUGAUAAAAGAAGGUAUUAUUCUCAGAGCUAUCAUUUACAGAUUCAGAGAAAAAAAUACAGCGAAGUGUAGUGAAAAAGUGGGUCGAAAUUUAGUGUUUUCUUCGAGAAAGAAGCUGAGAAAUCCUACGCCUUUAUUGGUAGGAACUUGUAUAGAACCAAUUCGGAACAGCACAAAAUAAUAAAAUGGGAAAUGAAACGUCUUUGCCUAUGGAGCUUUGCUCAAACUUCGAUGCUGAUGAAAUAAGGCGUUUGGGCAAGCGUUUCAAGAAACUCGAUCUCGACAACUCCGGUGCGCUCAGCAUCGAUGAGUUCAUGUCACUCCCCGAAUUGCAGCAAAAUCCCCUAGUGCAACGCGUUAUAGAUAUCUUCGAUGCAGAUGGUAACGGUGAGGUGGACUUUAAAGAGUUUAUUCAAGGCGUUUCGCAGUUUAGCGUUAAGGGCGAUAAAUUAUCCAAGCUGAAGUUUGCCUUCCGAAUAUACGACAUGGAUAACGAUGGAUUCAUUUCCAACGGUGAACUGUUUCAGGUUCUAAAAAUGAUGGUCGGCAACAACCUGAAAGACACCCAGCUGCAGCAGAUAGUGGAUAAAACAAUAGUGUUCGCCGACAAGGAUGAAGAUGGUAAAAUUUCCUUCGAUGAAUUUUGCUCCGUGGUUGGCAACACGGAUAUUCACAAAAAGAUGGUCGUCGAUGUCUAAGAUAUUCAUAUAAAAAAACAGCUAUUACUGAAACAUACACAUACAGCAAAUCACACUUUCAAUUGCUAGAGAAACAUCAUUAACUAAUUUAUGAGGUAAAAACUUGAAAUGUAUGUAAACGUUGCGUCUAAUGAAAACGGGAAACACAAAUGUUGUAAUUUUUAGUUAUUUAUGUGUUAUGCGCUAUUGAUCUUGUCAUGUUAAAACAUUAUACUUAACAGAGAAAAAAAUCCAAAGGAUAAGAUUUGCCAGAAUCUGAGAAAGAUCUAAAACUAUAAGAGCGUUUUGUUUGAGAGCUGUAUGUGACUCUCAAAUAGUGAACGUAAAACGAUACACAUCUAUUAUAGAAUCUUAGGUUAGGAGCCAAUUUUACUGUUCUACUGUUCUACUUGAUCCUAAUGAUCUUUAUUUGAGUUGAUACCGUGUCCAACCUAAAUUAAAAGUCCCUCCCCACAAAACCAACCACCGGUUAUUCUUAGUCUAUCACAGUAUACAAUUUAGUCGCGCCAAAAUAAAACUUCACAUGUGUUUUGUUGUUCCAAAUCAGAUCAAAAUCAGAUGUUGUCAAGCACAGAGAAACAAAAGUACGAAUGACAAAUUCGAACCACUAAUAAUCAAUAGUUAUAUCAUGAGAACAUGCAUUCAACGCAACUUUUGAGUCGAUAUCCGUCAAGCAUUCUGGUCCCGAGGAAGGUAAUUUUUAGGACAGGUUCCCAAUGAAGUUGUAUUCAAAUUUGCAAUAGGUUCGUGCAAUUAAACCUGGUCGAAUUACCUUCUUCGGAUCGGCUAAUUGUUAUAUGGUGUGCCCGUUUGAAAUAUAAAUCCUACAAAAAAACAUACAAUACAGAAUAUAAUGGAAUUUAUCUAUUUCUGAAAAACUACGAACGAAUAAAAUAAACUAUUUUUCAAAACACUCAAGAA